UCCCGUGGGGUCACUUCCCCUCUCAGGGUUUCGCUUUUCUCGCUGUCAUGCGGGCAGUGGGCCCAGCAGGCUCCAAUCGCUGCCCCAGCUCCUCCUCGUCCCGCAGCCCGACGCCCCCUCUGCCCGCCCGGCGCAGCCUUGGCGCGCGAGCCAGGGACAAUCCUCGCCUUGUCUUGUCGCCUGCAGUCUGGAGUUUUCUGAAGCCUCGGGUUACGCCUUUUUUUUUCCAGGGCGGAGCUCCUGUCCAGCUCCUCCUAAUAGCUGGUCUUUCUGCCGCCCGGGCUCCCUCUUCCCAGAACCUUCUUCAGAGCUGGGAUCCAGGGGCACAGCCCAGCCUGGCGCGGACCCGUGGGUUGCCCUGGCUUGCCCCUUACCAUGGCCUUUGGAGCCUGGCUUCUGCUCUUACCCCUGCUCCUGCUUCCUCCGCCUCCGGGUGCCUGUGCUUCUGACCAACCCCGAGGCAGCAACCCUGUCAAUCCAGAGAAACUGCUGGUGAUCACCGUGGCCACCGCGGAGACAGAGGGGUACCGCAGGUUUCUGCAGUCUGCAGAAUUCUUCAACUACACUGUGCGGACCCUGGGUCUGGGUGAGGAGUGGCGAGGUGGUGAUGUGGCUCGAACAGUUGGUGGAGGCCAGAAGGUCAGGUGGCUCAAGAAGGAAAUGGAGAAAUAUGCAGACCAGGAGGACAUGAUCAUCAUGUUUGUAGACAGCUAUGAUGUGAUUCUGGCUGGCAGCCCCUCGGAGCUGCUGAAGAAAUUCGUCCAGAGCGGCAGCCGCCUGCUCUUCUCUGCAGAGGGCUUCUGCUGGCCUGACUGGGGGCUGGCAGAGCAGUACCCUGAGGUGGGCACGGGGAAGCGCUUCCUCAACUCCGGUGGGUUCAUUGGCUUUGCUCCCACCAUCCACCAAAUCGUCCACCAGUGGAAGUACAAGGAUAACGACGAUGACCAACUGUUCUACACGCGACUCUACCUGGACCCUGGGGUCAGGGAGAAAUUCAGCCUUAAUCUGGAUCAUAAAUCCCGGAUCUUCCAGAAUCUCAAUGGAGCUUUAGAUGAGGUGGUUUUAAAGUUUGACCAGAAUCGGGUGCGCAUCCGGAACGUGGCUUACGACACACUUCCAGUUGUGGUCCAUGGAAACGGCCCCACUAAGCUCCAGCUCAACUACCUGGGGAACUAUGUCCCCAAUGGCUGGACUCCCCAGGGAGGCUGCGGCUUCUGCAACCGGGACCGGAGGACACUCCCGGGGGGGCAGCCUCCCCCCCGGGUGCUGCUGGCCGUGUUUGUGGAACAGCCCACCCCGUUUCUGCCCCGCUUCCUGCAGCGCCUGCUCCUCCUGGACUACCCGCCAGACAGGGUCUCACUCUUUCUGCACAACAGUGAGGUGUACCACGAGCCUCACAUAGCGGACGCCUGGCCGCAGCUACAGGACCACUUCGCCUCUGUGAAGCUAUUGGGGCCAGAGGAGGCUCUGAGCCCAGGCGAGGCGAGGGACAUGGCCAUGGACAUCUGUCGGCAGGACCCAGAGUGUGAAUUCUACUUCAGCCUGGAUGCUGACGCCGUACUCACCAACCAGCAGACACUGCGCAUCCUCAUCGAGCAGAACAGGAAGGUGAUCGCUCCCAUGUUGUCACGCCAUGGCAAGCUAUGGUCCAACUUCUGGGGGGCCCUGAGCCCUGAGGAGUACUAUGCCCGCUCGGAGGACUACGUGGAGCUGGUACAGCGGAAGCGGCUGGGUGUGUGGAAUGUGCCCUACAUAGCCCAGGCUUACGUGAUCCGUGGGGAGACCCUGAGGACAGAGCUGUCCCAGAGGGAAGUGUUCUCGGGCAGCGACAUGGACCCAGAUAUGGCCUUCUGCAUGAAUCUGCGGGACAGGGGCAUCUUUCUCCACCUCAGCAAUCAGCAUGAAUUUGGCCGCCUCCUGGCCACAUCCCGGUAUGACACAGACCACCUGCACCCUGACCUCUGGCAGAUCUUCAACAACCCUGUCGACUGGAAGGAGCAGUACAUUCAUGAGAACUAUAGCCGCGCCUUGCACGGGGAAGGCCUUGUGGAGCAGCCGUGUCCAGAUGUGUACUGGUUCCCGCUGCUGUCGGAGCAGAUGUGCGAUGAGCUGGUGGAGGAAAUGGAGAACUACGGCCAGUGGUCAGGGGGCCGGCACGAGGACUCCCGGCUGGCCGGGGGCUACGAGAACGUGCCCACUGUGGACAUCCACAUGAAGCAGGUGGGCUAUGAGGACCAGUGGCUGCAGCUGCUGAGGACCUACGUGGGGCCCAUGACCGAACACCUGUUCCCUGGCUACCACACCAAGACCAGGGCAGUGAUGAACUUUGUGGUCCGCUACCGGCCGGAUGAACAGCCCUCUCUGCGACCGCAUCACGACUCAUCCACCUUCACCCUCAACGUGGCACUCAACCACAAGGGCCUGGAUUAUGAGGGAGGCGGCUGCCGCUUCCUACGCUACGACUGCAUCAUCUCAUCUCCCAGGAAGGGCUGGGCACUGCUGCACCCCGGCCGCCUCACCCACUACCACGAGGGGCUGCCCACGACCUGGGGGACUCGCUAUAUCAUGGUGUCCUUUGUGGACCCCUGAUACUCAACCACUGCCAGACCCUCACUGCCGUUGUGCCUUCUUGGGAGGCCUGGCCCCCACUGUUGGAGACGGGUCUCUGCCCACAUCCUUGCCUCCUGAGUAAGUCCCAUUUGCCCAGGACUGAAUGUGUCACCUUGCCAAACCAUAACCUCUCAGGAAGCUGGAGGAGCCCCUGCCCUUCCUUCAGCCCCCAGGGGUUCUUGAUGCUGGGCUUCUGGGGGUUCCCCAUGAUAAAUUAUUAAGGUCCUCAACCUCCGUCUAGUAAAAGAAGAUUUGUAACUCGA